AUGGCCGUCACUUUGUUGCUGUCGUUCCUCCUGGCAGGGCCCGUUCUACUGUUGGUGUCCACCAUAUCCGCAUUACACCGCAACUAUUCAACAGCACGCAAAAUCGGCCUACCUAUUCUGAUUCAGCCCGUCAGCUACUCUAACCCACUAUGGUUGAUGCUAGGGCGCCACAUCGCUCCAUGGUUUAAGUAUCUACCAUUUGGCCUAGGGAGGACGGUAAGCCGCGUCGGCUUCAGUGGCUGGGAAUGGGCACAAAAGCACAGCAUUCACCAAGAAUACGGCCCAGGAUUUGUGAUUGUCACACCUGUUCACAACUGGCUCUAUACCUGCGAUGGCGAAACCCUGUACGGCAUCUUUUAUGGCGAGCGCCAGGGCAGUAUUGAGAGACCGACAGAGCUAUGGGCGAUGUUGAACUGUUUCGGUCCAAAUGUCAUCACCGCAACAGGGGAGGACUGGCGGCGCCACCGCAAGGUUACCGCUGCUGCAUUUACCGACAAGACAAGCAGACUCGCCUGGGAGGAAGCCCUAAAACAGGGUGAUCAGCUCCUGAGUUAUUGGAAGUCUGCCGGGCUCAACGGAGUCACAACCACACCUCGAGACUGCAAGACGGUGGCCCUGAAUAUUUUAAUCGGUGCUGGGUUUGGUAGGUCCUCAUCCUUCGUUGGUGGUGAAAAUGAGGGUGAAGAAGGUGAGAGCGACCGACUUGGGUACCAUUCAAGCUUGCGUCUCAUUCUGGAGAAUAUUCUUGUUGUCUUCCUAAUCGGAGCUAAGACCCUCGGUCGCGUCAACUUGCAUUGGCCCGCCUUCGUGUCCCGUCUUAGCAAGGCAUUCAGGUCAUUCCAGCUUCACAUGAAAUACGACUUUGAAAGGGCAAAAGCCAGUCUAAGAGAGAAGGGUAGCACAGAGGGAACGCUCAUGGCGAACCUUGUGCGCGCCUAUGUUGAGGCAGAGGAGUCGAGCAACUUCAGCAUCUCAGAGCAGGAGGUGUUUGGGAAUAUGUUUGCGUACAAUUUCUCUGGCCAUGAUACUACGGCCAGGUCUCUGAACUUCACUUUCUACUUGCUGGCAGCUUACCCCGAGGUCCAAGACUGGAUGCGCGAAGAGAUACAACAUGUGCUUGGCGACCGAUCCACUUCGACCCCGAAUUACGAAUUGAUACCGAGACUCAACCGAUGCUUAGCCGUUAUGCACGAGGUUCUACGCCUUUAUCACGUUCUUGGAAUCGUUCCCCGGCGCGCCCAAGGGCAGACAGACCUCUCGAUUGGGGGCAAGACUUACUCGAUCCCACCACAAACCCUACUACUCUUCAACAUGCAUGCCGCACAUGUCGAUCCUAGAUACUGGGGUGAUGAUAACUUGGAGUUUAAGCCAUCACGGUGGAUAGAAAUUUCACCAACAGCGACCGUAGAAGAGGGCCCUGAAUUGCUGCUGCUUGAUCGCGAAGUUCUAUUAAAGCCAUUACGCACAGUUUACAUGUCUUGGCUCGAUGCGAGCCAUGUGUGCCCAGGAAGGAAAUUCUCCCAGGUCGAAUACGUCGGCCUGAUUGUCAGCCUCCUCGGGACGCACUAUGUGGAGCCCGCGAGGGCGUCUCCUGCCGAGGACAUGGCGCACGCGCGGCAGAGGACCAAGGAUUGCUUGGCUAACAGUGGGACAAAAUUGGUGUUUGAAAUGCUAAGGCCAGAGGCUGUGCCUCUGGUCUGGAGGCCGUGCGAUUCGAAAGAAUGA